GGAAUUAUAUAAAGUCCACAUCACUCAUGUAUAGUCAUUUUAAAUAAGAAUUUCUCAGGUUCCUUUCCCAUUUGAAUGUUACAAAAGUCAUUAGUUGAUUAUUAAUAGAAUGCUUAAAAUUCCAAAUCUUUACAAAAUUCAAGGAUUAGUUUCAUCGUACCUUACAGUGUAAUUCAUCAGUAGUCAGUACCUAUAAAUGUACAUUUGUAAACUUGUGGAUAGAAUUUUGGAAAUAACGAGGGAAAUAAGUGUAUUUGUAAUUUUGGAAAGAAAUCAAUCAUUUUGGUUUUGGGAGUACUUACAAAAAUUUACAAUCACUACACUGAUGAGUAACGCUGUACCUUACUAUAUUGAAUUAACGUUGACUUUUGAUUACCGUCCAUUUUUUUUUUUUUUUCUAUAGUACAUUAUCAAACUUUUCCUCCAUACUUCCUACUUCAUCAUCCACCUUCCUUUCUGCGAACCUCCGAUUGCUUGAUCAACUGCAGACAUGGGUACUUCAUUUAGAUCUGCGCUGGUUUCAUUUCUGUUGUUGUUUGUUCUGUCCUCUGCUUUUUUAUCAACAUCUGGCACGAAGCUUAUCAGAGUUUCGCUUAAAAAAGCCAAGUUGGACCAAGUCAAUCGGCUUUCUGGAAGUAAUAAUUUUAAUGAUGGGAGUUCAAUAAGAACUUAUGGCCCUCGUGGAACUCUGGAACCAUCUGAAACUGACAUUAUUGCUUUAAAGAACUACAUGGAUGCUCAGUACUAUGGUGAAAUCGGUAUUGGUACGCCUUCGCAAAAAUUCACCGUGAUAUUUGACACUGGAAGUUCCAAUCUAUGGGUGCCCUCGGCUAAAUGUUAUUUUUCGGUCGCUUGCUAUUUCCAUUCAAAGUACAAGUCAAGCCAUUCAAGUACUUAUAAGAAAAAUGGUAAAUCUGCUGAAAUCCAUUACGGAACUGGAUCAAUCGCUGGCUUCUUCAGCCAAGAUCAUGUAAAGCUUGGAGAUCUUAUUGUCCAGGAACAGGAUUUCAUUGAGGCAACCAAAGAGCCUGGGAUUACCUUUUUGGCUGCCAAGUUUGAUGGUAUUCUUGGACUUGGAUUUCAAGAGAUCUCUGUUGGGAAUGCUGUUCCUGUCUGGUACAAUAUGGUUAAACAAGGUCUUGUUGCAGAACCUGUCUUUUCAUUCUGGUUUAAUCGCAGAACAGAAGAGGAACAAGGUGGUGAACUUGUUUUUGGGGGUGUUGAUCCUAGUCACUUUAAGGGUGACCAUGUAUUUGUUAAUGUAACUCGGAAGGGUUAUUGGCAGUUUGAUAUGGGUGAUGUGCUAGUUGGUGGGGAAUCAACAGGGUUCUGUGCUGAUGGUUGUGCUGCAAUUGCUGACUCUGGAACUUCCCUGUUGGCUGGACCUACAACUGUUGUAGCUCAAAUUAAUCAUGCUAUUGGAGCUGCUGGUGUCGUAAGCCAGGAAUGCAAGUCGGUGGUUUCUCAGUAUGGCAAAACCAUACUGGAUUUGUUAAUAGCCAAGACUGAGCCCCAAACUAUCUGCAAGAAGAUUGGUUUGUGCUCAUCUGAUGGUUCUAAUGGCAUAAAUAUGUUCAUCAAGAGUGUGGUGGAGGAGACAGAUUGGGCUUCUGAUGCUCGUCGUGAUGAUGAGAUGUGCUCUGCGUGUGAAAUGGCAGUUGUAUGGAUGCAGAAUCAACUUAGACGCAAUCAGACUGAAGAUAAAAUUUUGGACUAUAUUAAUCAGCUCUGUGAACGACUGCCUAGUCCAAUGGGAGAAUCAGCUGUUGACUGCGGUAGUCUUGCUUCAAUGCCAAAGAUCUCUUUCACUAUUGGUGGAAAAACAUUCGUAUUGAACCCAGAGGAGGUAAAUAAAUAUUAAUCUGUCCCCUCUCCUGUCUUUCAACUAUGCUUUGUGUACUGUGGGGUGUAAAGAACGGUAUACUAAAACUUAUAGUACUACGAACUGAUUGAAUAUUACUCUUGUGAGUGCAUUAGAAAGAAAUAUCGAUAGCACUAGGAGAUGAGUGAAUGGAGAAGCACGCUUAAGAUGGUUUGGACGUGUAUGUAGGAGAUGAGAAGCCCUGGUAAGCUAAGUUACAAACAUAUCACCAUGAAAUUGUCUUAAAGGGAAUGGGAAGACUUAGAAAGAAUUUGCAAGAAGUGAUUGAAAGGAAAUGCCACAUGUUUAAACCUAAUGAGCAUGUUGAUUGGCAGGGCAGAAUAACAUUAUUUCCGAACCCUCCAUUACAGGAUAAAGGUUUACUUGUUAUCACUCUGGUUAGAUUCAUAUUCUACUAUGAAGUCAAUAUGGACUAAAAUGGGGAUCAGAGGAGCUAGAUUUGAUAGGAAGUUAUCGAACUCAUAAGCCUCUCCAGACAUUUAUUGUUCACGCAAAGAGAUGGAGAAUUAAUAAUGGUCAAACUAUUGCCAGAGAUGUUUGGGAAAUAAAGCAACCAUUUGGAAACCAAUCUUUCAAAGUUCAUGAAGAAUACAAAUCAUUAUUUUAAGAUUAUAAUUGCUAUUCAGAGCUCCGCUUUUCUAUAUGUCAUCUUUCCAUAUGAGUUCUACUGUGAUUUAAUGCGUGGCAAUGCGAAGCAGACUGUAGCUUUUACCCAUUAUUACUGCUUGUGGCUUUUCAGUAUGUCCUGAAAGUUGGUGAUGGAGCUGCAGCUCAGUGCAUCAGCGGAUUCACGGCGUUAGAUGUGCCUCCUCCUCGUGGACCCCUAUGGUAUUUUAUAGGCUUUUUGAUCUCCUAUACGUUUUUAUUAUUCUAAAUCCUUUCUUGUUAAAUAUACGUCUAUCUGGUAAAACGCUGCAUAGUUUCCGUGACUCAAAAGUUUGUGUACUGAAAAGCAUCCACUCUACUAAUAACUUUUAACACUGGUCUCUGACACUGUCACGGGUCAUUCUCGUGUUUAAUAAGUGAACAUUCUGUGACUACUUGUUGCUUACUUGUCAAGUUGUUACUUGCGAAAGAAUAACCCAUCAUACAAUGGCAGUGCAUAUCAACACAUGCAUUUAGUUCAGAAACUAACCUUUCAAAUUCACUGUUGUGUCUCUUUUCAUGAAUGGGUUUGUUUCACAACAGGAUUCUCGGAGAUGUUUUCAUGGGGCGUUACCAUACAGUGUUCGACUAUGGAAACCUGAGAGUCGGAUUUGCUGAAGCAGCAUGAAACACAUUAUAGAGUGUGUUCAAAUCAAAUAAUGACCUUAAUCGGUAGUGAUCAUCGUUCAAUCACCCUGCUGUUCUCAUCAUCUCUGUAAUGUAAUAUCUGUGUGUACAUACUGCCACAAGAGCACCAAAUACUAUACUGUACCUGACUGUGUUUAGAAGGAAAAAUGAAAAACUAAAACUAUAACCUCUAAAUGGAUUAUAAAAUUCCCCUUUUCAUAUGCUUUUUUCACCUUUUUUUUUUGUUCUUUCCUUCACUCUCAAAUGCUGUUGUGUAUGCCAAAAAAAGAAGAAAAAAGAAGUCACCCACAAUCUCCUGGGCGAAUCGUGG